GUCUGAUCAGCCACCAUGCUGCAUGCUCAUGGACAUCCGACUAGGGCCAUCCAUUGCCUCGUCGCCCUUCCUCCCGUUGCCCCCCAGCGCGUUGAUUGCCCUGUCGUGUAUGCACAUUCGGCGCAUCCGCACCCGAUACAGCCUUUUGCCCUUCCCCCAUUCGCCGGCCGCCGUCUUCUCCUCCGAUCCGGCCACCAGGGUCCCCUGACGCGGCUGCCCGCCGGCCGUUUCUCUCGCCCUCCCCCUUCUCCCUCUCCGUUGCUGGGAAAACCAUGAGUAUCAACCUCCACGGUGCUGUCAUCAGCCCGGGCACGGAGCAUGCGCACCUCCAGCAGCAGCGGACCCCCUCCCCACCGGUGGAUGGGUCCCCCUCGAGUGACAGCCUUUCACAGGGGUCGGCGUCUGGGUCGGAUGCUCCGCGCCUGUCGACCUCCCUCCCGCCGGGCGCCCAGCUGACUGGGUCUGCCUCGACGUCCUCGGGCCAGCCGCCGGCGCAGUAUGCCCAUGCCGGGACGCCGCGGACCGCCGGCUUCCAAGUCAGCGAGGAGCCUCCAUCCCAAGGGCCCGGGGGCGAAUCUGUUGAGUACUUCUGUGAGAAGCUCCUCGCAGCAGGGUCAACCUCCAGCCUGUCGACUGAUCCGUAUGUUGCGGGCGAGGGGGCCGAUGGGACGCAUGAGAUCUACCUUCCCUACCAGCACGAGGAUGUUUCCCUGCUGGGCUUGGACCUUGGCGGGUCGUUGUCCAAGGUGGUGUAUUUCAGCCGGCGCCGGAAUCCCAAUCAACAGCCCGCCGUCGCCCCGGCGCUGCUGCCGGGAGGCGACUACCUGCCGGCCGGAGGGCGCUUGCAUUUUGAGCGCUUCGCCACGCAUGACAUCCACCGCUUGGUGCAGUUCCUCCGGCCAUUUGUGGCGGCCUGUCGCCGGGCUGCCGGACUUCCCCCCACCAGGGAUCCCUCCUCCCAGGGCGACGGAGACAUCAUUGAGCUCCGGGCCACCGGCGGCGGGGCCCACAAGUUUAGCCAGCUUUUCUUGGCCGAACUCGGGGUCCGGCUUGUUGCCUGUGAUGAGAUGCUGGCCCUCAUUCGGGGAUUGAACUUCCUCCUCCGCGAGGUGCCGUGCGAGGUGUUUUCCCUGCGCGAGCGGGAGGCCGGCGCCGCGGCCGCCUCCGGGGCCGUGGAGGACCUGGGCUCGGACAGCGAGGAAGAGGACAACAUCGACGCCCCGCCGCAAGUGCGCUACCACCCGGCUCGCGAACAUCCGGCCACCAUGUACCCCUAUCUGCUGGUGAACAUUGGCUCGGGCGUGUCAUUGCUGCUGGUCACCGGUCCCGACUCCUUCCAGCGUGUGGGCGGCACCAGUCUUGGUGGUGGCACCCUCUGGGGGCUGCUCAGCCUGCUGACCGACUGUGUGGAUUUCGAUUCGAUGCUCUCCCUGAGCAUGCGCGGGGACAACCGCAAUGUGGACAUGCUUGUCGGGGAUAUCUAUGGUGCGGAUUACACGGCCGUCGGGCUGAAAGCCACAACCAUCGCCUCGUCCUUUGGCAAGGUCUGGCAGCCAGACUCGCCGGGAGCCCCGGCCAGCUGCACCCACUCCGGGUCGGCUGCCCAUGCUGGCCCUGGGGGCACAUUCGGCGAGGAUGCCGGCCAUGAGGCGGGGGACGCCUCGGCGGUGGGUCCCUGCUCGCAUGCGUGCGCUCGGCGCCGGCGCUUUUCGCCGGCGGAUCUGGCCAAGUCGGCCCUGCUGAUGGUGGCCAACAACAUCGGCCAGAUUGCCUACCUGACCGCACAGGCGCACAACAUCAACACCAUCUACUUCGGGGGGUCCUUCCUGCGUGGACAUGCGGCCACUUUGCGCUCGAUCUCCAGUGCCGUGGCCUAUUGGUCUGGCGGGCAGGUGGGAGCGCGUUUCCUCCGGCACGAUGGGUAUCUGGGCGCCCUGGGGGCCUUUUUGGAGGCGGCGACCGCGGCCGACGCGGUCGAGGCCCAGGCCUUGGCGCUGGGGGGCUUGCACCAGGGCAGCUCCGGCGGAGUGUCCGGCUUCCAGGAGAACUUUUCCCCGCGCUCUGGCGGGGGCCCGGCCGUGGCGCCGGCCGCCCCGCCGACGGCCAUCCGCCUGCCCCAUCGCCUGCCGGCGCUCGGUGUCUUGGAGCGUGCGGCCCAGCCGCUGGUGUCCUUCCCGCUGCUGCGCAAGCGGUCUUCCUAUCGGGCGGCGACGCUGGAUUUGGCCGCCAUCACCCCUGCGGCGGAUAUCCUCCGGCGGCACUGGCUGGCGGUGUUCCGGCGUCUGGUGGAGCGCGUCUCGCGCCAGACCCUGCAGGCACUGACCAACAGCCGGCUGGCAGCGGCCAAUGGCGCCGGGCUGACGGCGACCCAGCAGCGCUUGGCUUCGCAAUUGCCUCGGCUGCCGGUCAUGGACUUGGCCUUGGUGCAAGGGCGCUGCGAUGCCUUUGAGCGGUCUUUCACGUAUCUUCUGGACCGGCUGGAAGCGCAGCCGGCCGCCUACGGCUGGCUAAGCAUCGCAAGCUUGCUCAAUCUCCAGGAGCAGUGUCUGCAUGAGUUUGCCGCGGCCGACCCGCUGAUCAAUCUGAAGCUCCAUCGCAAUUUGCGCGCCCUGUCGCUUUUGCCCCAGCACAUUGACCCGAAGGGCGGGCCGCCGACCCCGGCGGCCGAGUGUGCCGAAUGGCUGGCCGCCGGAUUGGCUGCCGCCAGCAAUGUCCCGGGCAUCGGCGAAACCGAGGCCCUGGGUUUGGUCCGUGCUCACCAGCCGGCCCUGCUGGCUUGGUAUGGGUGGCUGGCCUCCGGGCUGUGCCGGUUGCUUGUUUCGGAUCGGGCAUCCGGCUCGGUGGAACUGUCGGCCAUCUAUGACUUGGCCGACGAUUGGACCAGCGAAACGGCCGGCGACGCCUUUUCCGCCAGCGUCCAGCGCCUUCGGGAGCAGCUGAUGUUCUGCGGCACCGAUGCGGAAGACCCUCCGGCGAGUGCCGAUGAGCAAGUGUCUGCCCCUUUGCGAUUGGCGUCGCUGGCUGGCCGGUCGCUGUUGCUCGGUCUGUCUACCGGUCGCUGGAAGCGCGUGAUCAUCUGCGUCAAUAAUGCCGGAGCAUGUGCGGUCCUUGGAGCCUUGCCCUUCGCACGCCUACUCCUGUCCUAUGAUGGGCCGGUGCUUGGGGCGACGUCCGCCUCCGGGGCUUCGACUGAUGUCCCAGCCCCGGUGGUGUACCUGGCCGCCAACUCGUAUCCCGCGUCCGACGACAUCACCUGCCAUGAGCUUCAAUCUCUGUUGCAGCUGGCCACCGAGGAUGAUCCCGAUCGCCCGGUCGACCCGGUUCUCCGGGGGGCAUUCCACUCGGAGCGCCUUCAGGUCAUCCCAACCGGCACCGGCGGGACCUGCCUCAGUCUGGCUCGGGUCUCAAGUCUCCUCAGUGAAAUCGCCACGCCGGGAUUCGUGCCGGAGUCUGGGUCCACCACUCCGCGGGGCCCCCCCACGCCCCGGGCACCGGCGGCCGUCAGCUCAACAGCGAAUGCCACGGCGGCAUCCACGCGCGCUGACUCCCAGCCUGACGUCGGCCCGAUGCCGCCAGCCCCGCCGAUCACCCUGACCGGGCCAUCGCUGGCCUCGGCCACCCCACCACGGGAGACCUCGGACACGCUUCUCAUCUUGCUCGGUGCUGGCCGGGCUUUGCACACCAAUCUCCUGGCUAGCUUCAAUUGCGAUGUGCUAAAGGUGGCCGUGGUGAAGGACGCCUCGAUUGCGGUGUCCUGCAGUCUGUACGCCGAUGCGUGGUUCCGCUCGAAUGGCGGGCCAGUCGGUGCGUCUUCGGCCACAACCGGGCCGGCUGUCGGCAAUGGCGGCGAGCAGCCCGGCAACUGGGCCUUCCAAGUGGGCGAUCCGUUUGUGGCCUUCGAGGACUUCGGCCUGAUCGACCGCCUGGAGCCGAAUCUCCAGCACCGGGCGACGCUGGUGAAUCAGGCUGCUGCCAAUGAAAUCAUGUAGACCAAGCGUUGGCACAUAUCCAAUACAAUAGCUCGUAACGUUGUCA